GUUGGGUUCAGUCUCAACAAUGGCAUGUCUCUGAUUGGCCCCAUUGCCAUCUUCCCCAAGACUGUGCUAAGCUGGUGUGUCACAAAUUCACACGAUAUAAAUGAAGAUUCGCUUUCUCUUUUUUAUUUACUAGAACCAAAAAUAGAUAUUCUUGUGAUUGGCAUAGGAGAUAAAGGAAGCCACGUGGAUACACGAAUUAUCCGGUUCAUGAGGAACAAGGGCAUCAAUAUAGAGUUGCUGCCAACGGAGUCUGCAUGUACCACAUUUAACUUUCUGAACCAGGAAGGUCGAUACGUAGCUGGUGCAUUCAUACCACCAGCGUUACUAGCUGUGAAUGAGGAUGAUAGGGUACAGACUGAGAGGAAAAGAAAGGAACUGUACAUCACAGAGGAAAACUGGCUAUAAUAUACAGUAUGGGUUCUUCAGAUAUUAGUUACUUUAACCCUUAAACUGUCCAAACAGAUCUAUGUUCACAUGCGUAGUGCUCCAAAAGUAGAUCUACGUUUUUUCACACAUUUUCAAAUAUAACAAAAAAAAAAAAAGGUAGAUCAAAGUUUUUUUACAUGUUUUCAAAAGUAAAAAAAACAAAAAAUAGAUCUACGUUUGGACAGUUUAAGGGUUAAUAAGCUCUCGGUUAAGUUGCAUAAAAGGUGAUCACUAUUCAUAUCUUUAUUGACUUAGUUUUUUUUUUUUUUUUCAACAAGUCGGCUGUCUCCCACCGAGGAAGGGUGACGAGACGGCCGACUUGUUGAAAAAAAAUUCAGUCAAUAAAGAUAUGAAUAGUGAUCACCUUUUAUACAACUUAACUGAGACCUUAUUAACCCUUAAACUGUCCAAACGUAGAUCUACGUUUUUUUCAACAUUUGAAAGUAUGUAAAAAAGUAGAUCUUUUUGUUUUUUACUUUUGAAAACGUGUAAAAAAAAAAAAAAUGAAAGUACUGUAAAUAAAUACCUCAAUGAAAACAAGUUUUAUUACAAAUGAUAGGUGUGCCUCACUUUAUUUGGUAGACAAGUUCCUGGCCCAUGAGGCAUACAUCAAAAUCACAAAGUGAACCCACUGUAACGUGUAAAUCGUUGAGAUAUGUGCAUUCCGAGACCUUGACUAUACUGACC